AUGAACUGUGGCCUUUUUAUUGCUUCCGACUUGACCAGGUUGUUGCGGCCCAUUGAAGCUGAGAUCUGCGUUCUAACUGUGAUCCCUGGCGCGCUGGUGAUAGAUGAGGCUGUGAGCGGAGCCAAAGUCAAGGCUGCUGCUGUGCCUCCGGGCCACACAGAGGAGACGGAGAAGCUGGCGCCCGGGGUCAGGCCCUCCUCCCGCUCCCUGCUGUACCCCCCGUGGGUCCUAUCUGGGUCCCAGGCUGGAGAGGCCCGGCACAGGAGCGGCUCGUAG